AUGGCGGGGCAAGACCUCACUGGCGGGGCCCUUUCCGACUCGCAUCCAGCCCUCUCUCCCGACGCCAUCCAAUCCUGGGCUCUCGGCCGCGCCGAAGAGUAUCGCCGCCUUGCUAUCGACCUCCUCAGCGUUCACAACAACGCAUCUCUCAUCAACCGCACGCUCCCCGUCGAGAUGAUCUCCGAGAUCUUUGCUCACUCCUGGAGCGCCGGAGACAGCCGCAGCAUCCGCGUCGCGCACGUCUGUCGCCGAUGGCGCGCGACCGCGUUGAAGACCCCUCGGUUCUGGGUCGCCGCUGCCACGGCUCCGGGAACUAUGUUCGACUUCGAAGAAUGGGACACGUGGACGACUGCGAAGCACGAAAGCCGUGUGGCUUGCGCGGCGUGGGUUUUCGCUCACACGAAACCUGCAUCCCUUGGUGUCACGACACGUGGAUUUCCUCUUCCCAUUGCAUCUGCUCUGGUACCACACGCUGCACGGCUUGUGGAGCUCCGCAUCACCAUCAUGGCAGGUGUCGAUCAGCUCUCCACUCUGCGUACUUUGCUGUGCCAUACAGAAGGGACAUUCCUCGUUCAGAACCUGGAUUGGCCACGUCUUGCGUACACCCCUCCAGCACUCGAACCAGAGCCCCUGCUUCCGUCCUUGGAGGAUAUCAGUCUUCACGGUCCGUUCAGAAGCACAGCCCCCUAUCUCAAUGUCCUCACGUUCAAUCCUCGGAGGUCUAUCGAGGUAUUCAUUUCUGACCCGCCUUCAAUGCACGACUCGGACCAGUGGCUCGCGAACAAAUACGUCGAUUACGAACGCCUCUUCGCCCCCUCCAUCUUCAGACGCCUCACCCGACUCACUAUGCGCUCCCUGACGCGCUACGCCACCAAGCGAGGCGUGCUCGAGGCCCUCCCCAACCUCGCGUAUCUCGAAAUCAGUGGCCCCGCGAUUGGCUCGACGAUCCUCCACCUCAGACCGGAGGACUUCGAACGAAACGCCUAUCGUACUUUCCUUCUGUGUCCCUUCCUCAAGACGCUUGUCGCCACCUUUUCUCGCAUGGACGCUCGUUUGCUCGAUGGUCGGACCCGCGAUGCAGCAGGGUGGGACGCACGGACCGCGGCGCGCGCGCUGGGCGCGAUGGUCUCCAAACGCGCCAAGCACGGAACCCGCCUUUCCCGGCUGGUCUGGGGCGUGCGCACGUUGACGGCCGAAGAAGUGGAUAGGGAUGGGACGGAUCCAGAAUUCGUGGACCAGCUUAAUGCGCGGGUGUCCUACGUCCGGAAAAUGAAGGACUUUGAGGAGGGCAUGCCGCAUGGUCGAUGGGGUUGA